UCUUUUUGCCUGGGGUGUGUGUGUGAGCGCGCGCGCUCGUUCGCGGCGAAUCGGAGCCGUGCACGCAAACGACGGCGGUUGUGGCGAGAGGUGGGGGGAGGGAGGAGACAGUCAGUUUGUCAGCUUCAUUGAUGUUGCUCGGCGGUGCUGCCGUGGUUCUCGUUUCUCGCCGUCUGCUCGUUGCCUCCGGUUGUUGGAGAGGCCGCGUACCUCGCCUGCUUAGGCCCCGAGCCAGAUCCGCUUUUACCGCAUUCGGUAGCUGGGCCGGCCUCAGGGAGGCUCCCUCAGACAAAAUGCCGUCCAAGAGACCUUUCGAGCGGCUCCCCACCGACGUGAGCCCGGAGAACUACGCGUUGUGCCUGAAGCCCGACCUCGUCGACUUCACGUUCGAGGGCAAGCUGGAAGCCUCGGUUGAGGUAAGACAGACAACCAAUCAGAUUGUUAUGAACUGUGCUGACAUAGACAUCAUUACAGCAUCGUAUGUUCCACAAGGUGGUGAAGAAAUAAAUGCAACAGGGUUCAAUUAUCAAAAUGAAGAUGAGAAGGUGACGCUCUCGUUUCCUAGUGCUCUACAAAAAGGUAAUGGCACUUUGAAGAUCGAUUUUGUUGGAGAACUCAAUGAUAAAAUGAAGGGAUUUUACAGAAGCAAGUAUACCACACCGUCAGGAGAAACCCACUAUGCUGCUGUCUCUCAGUUUGAGCCAACAGAUGCAAGAAGAGCAUUUCCAUGUUGGGACGAACCUUCCAUUAAAGCAACAUUUGACAUCACACUCAUCGUUCCAAAGGACAAAGUUGCCUUAUCAAACAUGAAUGUGAUUGAACGUAAUCCUUAUCCUGAUGAUGAAGACCUGGUUGAAGUCAAGUUUGCUAAAUCUCCAAUAAUGUCCACAUACUUGGUGGCAUUUGUGGUUGGUGAAUAUGACUUUGUGGAAGCCAAGUCAUCAGAUGGCGUUCUGGUUCGUGUCUACACACCCAUUGGAAAAGCGGAUCAAGGAAAAUUUGCUCUUGAGGUUGCUGCCAAGACACUACCUUUUUAUAAAGAAUACUUCAAUGUUCCAUAUCCUCUACCAAAAAUUGAUUUGAUAGCUAUUGCUGACUUUGCAUCAGGUGCCAUGGAAAAUUGGGGCCUUGUAACGUACAGAGAAACUGCCCUCUUGAUUGAUCCAAAGCAUUCCUGCUCAUCAUCAAGGCAGUGGGUCGCUUUGGUAGUCGGCCAUGAGCUUGCUCACCAGUGGUUUGGAAACCUCGUCACUAUGGAGUGGUGGACACAUCUGUGGUUGAAUGAAGGCUUUGCAUCCUGGAUUGAAUAUUUGUGUGUGGAUCACUGCUUCCCAGAAUAUGAUAUCUGGACCCAGUUUGUUUCUGCUGACUACACACGAGCACUGGAACUCGAUGCUCUUGACAGCAGUCAUCCAAUUGAGGUUGCAGUAGGACAUCCAGCAGAAGUGGAUGAAAUAUUUGAUGCAAUUUCUUAUAGCAAAGGAGCAUCAGUGAUUCGAAUGCUACACAAUUACAUUGGUGAUGUGGAUUUCAGAAAAGGAAUGCACUUGUACUUGACAAAAUUUCAAAAUAAAAAUGCAGCAACAGAGGAUCUUUGGAGCUGUUUGGAAGAGGCCAGUGGGAAGCCUAUUAAUGCUGUAAUGAGCACAUGGACGAAACAGAUGGGGUUUCCUCUCAUUUAUGUGGAAGAAGAACAGGAGAAAGAUGACCGAGUAUUGAAGAUUUCCCAGAAGAAAUUUUGUGCCAGUGGACCAUUUACUGGUAGUGACUGUCCUCACUGGAUGGUCCCUAUUAGUAUCUGCACCAGUGAAGAUGUAAGCUGUGAUAAUAUGAAGGUGUUACUGGACCAGCCAGAGAUGACUAUCACUGUGAAGAAUGUGAAACCGCAUCAAUGGAUAAAGUUGAAUCCUGGAACGGUGGGCUUCUGCCGAAUUCAGUACAGUCCAACAAUGCUUGAGAGUUUACUAUCCAGCAUCCGGAACCUUGCACUUCCUCCUGUAGACCGACUGGGGCUUCAGAAUGACUUGUUCUCACUGGCUCGAGCUGGCAUUGUCAGCACAGUGGAAGUGUUGAAAGUCAUGGAAGCUUUUGUGAAUGAGCCAAAUUACACAGUGUGGAGCGAUAUAAGUACCAAUCUGGGGACACUUUCUACCUUAUUAUCCCAUACAGACUUCCAUGAUGAAAUUCAAGAAUUCAUUGUUGACUUGUUCUCCAACGUUGGCUUGAAGCUUGGCUGGGAUCCUAAACCUGGCGAAGGUCAUCUAGAUGCUCUCUUGAGAGGGUUGGUCCUGGGAAAGUUGGGAAAAGCUGGACACCUACCAACAAUAGAGGAAGCAAGGCGCAGGUUUAAGGACCACGUUGAAGGAAGGCAGGCUCUCUCUGCUGAUCUCCGAAGCCCCGUAUAUUUAACAGUUCUGAAGCAUGGAGAUGCACCAACAUUAGAUACAAUGUUGAAGCUGCAUACCCAAGCAGAUCUCCAGGAAGAGAAGGUUCGAAUUGAAAGACUACUGGGCGCCAUCUCACACCCUGACCUCAUUCAGAAGGUUUUGACCUUUGCUACGUCGGAGGAAGUUCGUCCCCAGGACACAGUCUUUGUACUUGGCGGAGUGUCAGGUGGAAGUUUAACUGGGAGAAAAGCAGCCUGGAAGUUUCUAAAGGACAACUGGGAGGAGCUGUACAAUCGCUAUCAAGGAGGCUUUUUAGUAUCACGAUUGAUCAAGCUAACGGUGGAAGGUUUUACCGGUGAUAAGAUGGCAGCUGAUGUCAAGAGCUUCUUCGAGACGCACCCCGCUCCAGCAGCGGAGCGGACCAUCCAGCAGUCCUGUGAGAACAUCCUGCUGAACGGAGCCUGGCUGAAACGUGACGCCGAAGCCAUCCAGCAGUUCCUCCUGCAGCGCAAAGCGGCGCACCUGACGGUCUGAGUGGAGGAACCGCUGCCCCCACCUGAGCCGCCGUCGUCCCACUGCCUUGCCACAGGGAGGGGAGUUUGAAAGUAUAUUUCAUGGCUGUCACAGUGGCUGGAAAUGAAUGUAGUUUAUACCUCAUUUUUAAGAGAGAAAAUAAACCUAUUGGCACUUGAAAUGUGUUAUCAUGUGUGCGGACAGUGGCAUGGUAUUAUAAUGUUGGAUUGGUGACAACUUUGAACACUGAAGCAAGACUGCUGGUUAUAUUGUGGUAAUGUGAUUACUUCCAUCCUCUCUGGCCAAGGCAAGCUAAUUCUUAUUUAAUUAUUUCUAGGCCUCAGUUUAAUCGUUGAUGUCCUUCAUUAAAGAGGAAUAACAGCCACGUCGAAUUAAAAAAAUAGGAUAUAUAAAUAAAAACCAUUGUAUUAGAUGAGCUUUCAUUUCAAAAUAACGUGGGUUAGGGAGCAUUAUGAGAAUAGAAUGCAUGAAUCUGUGGUGUGUUUUCCCAGGCCGUUUUGACUGUUAAUUUGCCAUUUAGCACAGAGAUUGUUUUAAAAGAAAUUAUAUAACUUUAAUACUUGAACAAGUUGAUGUGAGUUAAAGCCCCUUUUGCCUGGGAACACUGCUUAAGAGUAGCAACAAUACGGGGUCCUGAUUCCUCUGCUUUACAUAUAACCGUUCUGAAAGCCUUAAAACUGGUACAAACUGGCGUGUAAUUGGGAGGGGAGG